AUGCAACCCAUGCUACUGCAAAGGACAUUCAAAUGAAGCUGGAUGAUGGAUGAUUGAUUGCUGAACUGUUCAUCGAGGGUUUGCUUUUGUUUCUUUGUGGUCACUGGUCACAAUAGCGCCACCGCCCUUCGCGGACCCGCUCUUCGGCAGCUUCCUCUGGUCUCAGCGGCUGCAUAGUGACAAGCUUCGACAUCACGUCACUUGAGACUUCGAUCCCCUAUACAAGCCUUGAUACGUUCACCCAUUUCUCACGAUACGUACGGUCGCAUGGUUUGAUAUUGCUUGCUGGAGGAAUUUGAGAGUCUCACGCCUUUGCUCGAGGAGGAUUCGGCAGAAUGUUUGCCCAGGUCAAGCCGGACCCAGACGCCCCAACGCCUUACAUCAAGCCCGACCCCGAUAAUAAAGACGCUGUUCUUGCUGAUAUCGACGAGGAUAUUUACGAUGACGAUGGGGAUCUAGACUUUUCAAACGCUGGGCAGAAUGUGUGGCUUUCGCGCAUCCCGCGCUCGCUGUGGGAACAUUGGGCGAGUCUCGAUGACGAUGAAGAGAUACAGAUUGGAACGAUGAGAAUAGAGGGCCCACCGAAUGAUAUUAAACGGGUCAGUAUUCGUCUCAACGAACGAGAAGACAACCGCGAUAUCCCCAAGGACUACAUACUGCAGCGGCAGACCAUCAACCCCGGAAACGUAACAUCACAUGCGACACAAAACACCUAUCUAUUCACAGAAAAAGAAAUACCUGGUCAUGAAAAUCGCAUGGUGGUUUUCGGAGAAGCGCGAUCGGCGUUAUACGAAGCCAUGAAGCGCGAUGCAAGGAAAAAGGAGCGCAGGAAAAAAUGGGAGCCAUAUGUGCGGCGAACGGUGCCUAAACAAACCGCCCUCGUAGGAGGCGUCAGCGAGGAGUUUAAUUGCCUUCCAGUCGAGAACGAGGAAUUCCGACGAUUGUCAGAAAAGCGAGCUCUCGAAGCGCUUAAACCCAAACGUGAAACUGUGUUCAUUGACAAGGUUCCAGGCAAGCUUCUCCAAGCGAGAAAUGUAUUGCCUGGAGAGAAAGGCGCCUUUGUGCAAGCUACGAAGCCGGUCAAGGGAAAGGCCCAAGAGAACAAGACCACACGUAUGCCGCAGAACGAACUACUGGAUCUUAUAUACCAGUGCUUCCGCGAAUACAAAUACUGGCCUUUUAAGACGCUCAAGGCGAGACUCCGACAGCCAGAGGCAUAUCUCAAGCAGACCCUGGAGAUGGUUGCGCAUCUGGUCAAGUCCGGCGACUUUGCCAUGACCUGGGAACUUAAACCUGAGGCCGUGGAAAGCAACUACGCAAAUGCACUGUCCUACGGGAAUGCGAAGGAGGAGCUUCCUCCUGGAACCGACUACAACUUUGACGACGGUUCCGAAGAAGAGGCCAAUGCAUCUGGCAUGGUUACUGAUAACGACGAGAUGAAAUUUGAGGACGUUGUCUAAGAAGUCAAGUUCUGUAGCAUAGGCAGGUGAUGGCGUUCUUUUGGGGUUUCUGGGCACAUGUAAAGGACGUUUGGAGUCAUCUACACUGGUAUCACAUAGCUAAAGAUCCACCAUCAGACUGGGUGGCGCAAGUGUGAAUAAAAUACAUCAAACUCAAAGUGUGACAUAAAGCGAAUAUGC